GUCUCUGACACAUUUCGCAGUUGGAUCGUUAUGUAUGGAAGACAUGGUCGUUCAGGAGCGAGAACAAGCUUUUGCGCGCCGGACCAUCACCACUGCCGACCUGGCGGAGUGGCCAGACGCCCGCCUGGACGGAGGCGGCCGCAUGGAGGACACGCGCGUCUUCAUCGGCUCCUCGACCAUAGAAUCUCAGCCCUUGAGAACGAAGCGGCUCGUCUUCACCGAUCCCCAAGACCCCUCCCUCGCCUGCGCACACUCCGCCGUGUCGGCCGACGGCAAGCUUCUGGCGGCGUCGUUCGGGAGCAACGACGUCCUCGUCUGGCGACUCUCCGACGGCCUGCUAGUGCAGCGUCUGGGCCAUGACCACGGCCACACCGACCGGAUCUUCGCCCUCGCCUUCUCCCCCGUCGACCCCUGCACCCUCGUCUCCGGGUCCAAAGACACGACCGCGCUCGUCUGGGACACCCGGCGCGCGCGCGUGCUCCAGCGUCUGGAGGGCCACCGCGGGCCCGUGAGCAGCAUCGCGUACGCGCCCGACGGCGCGCUCAUCGCGACGGGCUCGCACGGCGACACGUCCGUGAAGCUCUGGGCCCCCGCGCUCGGCGCGUGCCUGCACACCUUCGACGUCGGCGCCGGCAUGUACACGCUCGCGUUCUCCGCAGACAACACGCGCCUCGCCGUCGCCCUCGGCCGCUCCGGGCUCCUCUACGACCUCCGCACACACGCGCGCGUCGCGACGCUCCAGCACGCCUCGACCGAGGUCCUCUACUGGGCACUCGACUCUGCUGCCGGCGCUGACGCUGACGCGCGCGUCGCGACUGCGCCCGGCCUCCAGAACCCCGGCGAGGUCAAGCUCUGGAGCGCACACACCGGCGCGCCGCUCCGCACCAUCGCCCACCCCCCGCACGGCCUCUCGAUGCCCGUCGCGUUCGCGCCCGACGGCAGCGAGGUCCUCGCGGCGUGCAACGCCGAGUGCACCGCCCUCGCGUUCGACGCGCGCACCGGCGCGCUGCGCCGCACGUUUCGCGCGGCGAAGCGGGUGUACCGCGUCGCGUACUCGCCGGACGGGGCGUACGUCGCGUUUGGGGCUGCGGAUGGGGACGUUGAGGUGCAUGAUGCGGCGUCGGGGGUGUUCCUUGGGAGGUUCGAUGGGCGCGAGGGGAGUCGGGAGUUGUGGGAGGUGCAGUUCUUGGCUGAUGGUCAAAGUCUGUUGGCGAGGUUCAAGUAUGGGCCUUUGCUUCUGUAUAAUGUUCAGGACGUGUUGCGAAUCCGGUAGGGUAGUAUUAGUGUAACAGUGCCUGCCACCCUGCUCGGUGUACUGCAACGGUGCGGAUUGUAGCCGGUGUGUGGUGAAUACAGUGCGAUAGAUUCUAGUA